AUGGGAGAUCCAUGGACACUGAAUACAACAACUUCAUGUAGACUCGAGCAGUCUAGGACACGAUUUCUGAUUGUGAAUUGCUCUCUGCUCUGUUUUACUUCCAUCAUGGGGACUUUGCCUAAUCUGCUCGUGUGCUGGGUCACUUUCCGAGCCCAAAGCCUGCGCACUGGGAGCAACGCGCUGCUGGUGAACCUGGUGGCUGGAGAUCUGAUGAGAUGCUCUGUGGACAGUUAUCUGGCAACCCUGUCUGUGGACCCUCCGCUCUUCCUGGCCUUGUUUAUUCUGAGACCGAGGCGCGUGAGGAGCAGCUCAGAGCUGUGCCGCGUUCAACAGCUCACACAGUUACUGUGCAGCUGCGUUCAAUUACUCACACUGGCAGCCAUCAGCGUGGAGAGACUCCACACCAUCGCUUUUCCUUUAAGCGCCGAGAAAAGGAGAGGACGGAUUCGGCUCUGGAUCCUGAUUAUCUGGAUCUUUGCAGUUACAGUCUCUCACUACCCUCUGAUUCUGUCCAAAGAGACUCUGAACUACUCAACCUGCCGCCACUUGAACGCACCACCGUCGCGCGCUUUGCAUGCAGACUCUUUUAACGCCUGUGUUUUGAUUCCUGUCUGGACCGGACCGGUUAUUCUGAUAGCCGUUAACUACCUGCGGAUCUUCAUCGUUGUAAACCAGCAUGCUAAUAAGAUCUUUGACUCGGGAGUGCAGCGACGGGGUCUCCAGCUGCCAACCACGUGACCGGAGCCGGGAGGAGAUGAGGGAUCUGAUCCAUGCUCGGCCCCAGAGCUCGUGGGUGCUGUUUGUGUUCUCACCCUUAAAGCGGAAGUAGAGGGGCUUGUUCUCCUGCUGACACUCAGACUGGUGGUGAAGUGCAGUGAGUGCUGUGUGAGUAAACUCAGAUACAAACACACACCAUUCUUUACAGCCAUGAAGGGAAUAAACCGCCCCAGAGUUAAAGACCCCGAGUUAGGGGAGAGCGGGGAUGGUUGA